AGGCAAGAAGGGCCUAACUCACAACAUUGUCUUAAAAAUGGCGACAGCCUUUCCAAGUCAGGAACACGUACCGCUCAAAAAACCAAGAUUAGGCCCCCCAGAUGUUUACCUGCAAGAUGCAAAACAAAAAGAGGAUGAACUUACUCAACAAAAUGUCAAAAAUGGAUUCCAGCUUGGAACAGUUGUUUCAGAUGAGUGUGCUUCUUCAAAAGAUAUUGAAAUAACAUUGGAUCGGUGCAGCACUUUCUACAAUGGGGUAUUUAAGAAAAAGAAUGAAUUAAAUACUCUACAAGACAGCAAGAAUAAAAAAUUCCAGCUUCCAGUUAAAGAGAAUUUUUGGCCUGCAGCAUGCAGUAAAACAUCAACUGAGGCUUGGUUCAAAGAUCUUGCUGGCAGCAAACCUUUGGCUUCCCUAAGUCGUAAAGUUCCCACAUUCAACAAAAAGGAAGAAAUUUUUUCUACACUCUGUGAAUAUGCCGUCCCAAAUGUUCGGGCAGCUUGGUUUAUUAAAAUGACAGCAGCCCACAAUAUGGGCACACAAGAUUCCAGAAACCGUAGAAAGUUAGCCGUCGAUCAGUUUAUGGACUGGACACAAGCGCUGUGCAAGUACUUAAGAGAUCAACUACAAAAAAUCCAAGACUAUUAUCAUGGCACCAGCAAUGCUGCUGCCACCCCUUUCCUCCUAGCUCCAGCACCUACUACUUCUCAAGUUGACCUGGAUCUGGCUAUGAAGAAUUGGACAUACUGCACUAGAUUUGCUAAUCAUAUGUAUGAGGAAUGUUUGUUUGAUCGGCAUGAAUUCCUGAGUUGGUUGAUAGAACUACCAGAGAAAAUAAAGCAGCCUGACGACGUGGUGUUAAAACUUCUCUUGGUGCAGCUCAAUACUUAUUCGUCUGACAUUUGCAAAUCUGUGAUUUUGGCUAGAAGAUUGGCUACAUAUUGUGGGAAAAAAAUUUCACAUCUUGUUGCUGAAUUGGACCACAUGCUAGGCAGAACAGAUCCCCAAAUGAGUGCGAACGGGACCCCUUUGACCCCUGCUCAAGCCAUCAACACCACCCUCCAAAUGUGUAAUCCCCUGAUCAAUGCUAUGGCAGAGUUUAAAGAAUGUCAAAGCCACAGGUUCAUUGUGUUACAGCUGUGUGCCCUGGCACAGAUCAUUAGUAUCAAAUGUCCCACGGCCAUGGUGUGGAAUUCUUUAGGGGACUGUAAGAGUAACUCCUUCUUAGUUGGAUCACCACUAGACCUCUUUCCUUGCGCCACCAGCAGCCUGCCAAUGCCACCUGGUCCAAACAACACCUAUAUACGAUCCCAAGUGAAAAUAGCUGAACAACAGAUCAUCACCAGAAGCCAUGCUGCGGAGGUGCACUGGUCUUCAGACAAGUGUCAACAGUCAGCUGUUGGUUACAUAAUGAGCAAAGUAUUGAAAGUUUUGGAUGUGCUGGACCAACACAACUUUGACAUUGUAGACAGCACAUACAACAUGGACUCACUGUACACAAAAAUAUUUAGUAUAACACAGAGCAAAGAAACAGGAGAGGCCCCUAUUGGUGAUGAACCCAUAAUAAACCUUCUGGUGGACUGGGCAGUGAGUGUCCAGCGUGUGGGAGACCACAGGUGUAUUGUAGUGGCCCUGCUGCUGGAGAGAAGACAGAAUGAGAUCAGGAGUGAGAAAUUUGGAGAUAUUGAAGGUACAGAAGACAAGGAAGGCUUCCAUGCUGAUCCCAUCACAUCUACACCAGUCUUUCAGUCUUUACUUAUGAAUUUCUUAGACACGAGAGCUCCAGUUUUAGAAGAGCACCCUACAGACGAGGCGAAGCAGGCUUUUAAAAACCUGAUUUCAUUGUUCAACGAGUUGAUAGUGCAUGACGUGUUCUCACAUGAUGCUUACAUGCACAUGCUGAUAUCCAGGGGGGAUCUUGGUCUGGCACCUGCCUACACCGCCCCUCUGACUGACCAGGACGAUUUGUUCAAUGCCAAGAGUCCACCAGAGAGUAUCAAACAUGACGUAACCCUGGGUGAUGAGGAAAUCAAAGUGGACAUGGAUAUCCACACAAUGGAAGAAAACCUGGGAAGUCUGUUUGGUGCCAUGAAAGAUGAGUCAAAACCCAGUCCUGAACCCCCAGCAUCAGUGAAGUCUAUAAAGUCUGAGAAAGAUCAGCCACUGGGCAGUGUGGGUGACUUCAGCACGACACAGGGCGUGGUUUCUCAACCAAAAGGACCCUCGCGGCAUAUGGUGUAUGCCACCCACUUCCCCAUCCCCCAAGACGACUGCUCUAGUCACGAGAUCAACCAGAGGAUGAUUGUGCUGUACGGUGUUGGCAAAGCCAGGGAUGAGGCCAGGCACAUGUUUAAGAAAAUAUCUAAGGAAAUAGUCAAGCUUUUUAGUAAGAGAAAUUGUAUUGAUGUUACAAGUGGAGAUUUGGGAAAGGUGAAAAAAAAGAAAGAGAAGGAAGCCAAAGAAGCUGAAAAUAAUGCAACCCCAGCCACCUCCGGGACCACAGUUACCUCCCCUAACUUUGACAACCUGCAGCAGAAGUUUUCCAAGCUGUCCUACUUUGACCAGCACCAGGUGACAGCCCAGUGCACAUCAGCUGUGUUGGACCAGAUCAAAAGUUUCACAGCUGGCAACUCGAGUUAUCUGCCCCUGAAAGACAAUAUAUCCUUCCUGUUUGAUCUCAUGCAGUCUGCUCUAAACAUAAGUGGCUUGCUGGACUUUAUUAUUAGACUUUUAAAAGAUCUUGUGGAAGUUGAAAAGGAGCUUCAUCAAAAGGAAUCCUUCCUCAUGAUGACCUACACAACUGAUGUCUGUCUGAAUAUAGUGGCUGUCUUGCGCAGAUAUCAUUCAUACCUUCUCAGUCCUAUGGGGCUGAGUUCAGAACUCUUUAUAGGACUGACAGACAUUUUGAAAGUAGUAAAUGUGUGUAACCCUAUCUACUGUUCUACUGCUGAGAGAUGCGUGCUCACCUACCUGUAUGACAUUUAUUCUACCUGCUCACCACUACAGAUGCGUCAUUCCGAGAUUUUCAACCCAGCAUACACAAAGAUGAAGGCCACUUUGUUUGCUCAGAUAACACCAUCUUCUACCAAUGCUAAGUGGGAUCAGAUUGAGAUGACAGAGAUCAUCAAGUCUGCCAGUGAGUUUUUGAAUACCCCCAGGUUGCCAGAUGAGCCACACAAGCUGCACAAAAGCCUGGCCGAUUGUGCAACAACAAGAUACAGCUUUGUGUGCAAUGUUCUCCUGGAUGUUGUGUCAACACCAGCAGAGAACCUAGGAAAUAUCAAUGACUUGGCUGUACUGUGUGCAGAGCUGACCGCACAUUGCAACUCCCUGAGUCCAGAGUGGCUGGGUGUGCUUAAAGCCUUGUGCUGCUCAUCCCAGCAAGAUCUUGGUUUUAUUGAUGUUCUCACUACCAUUGAUGUGAGUGACUUGUCGAUCCAUGACUCCCUGGCUGUGUUCACUGCCAUGCUGAUUGCCAGGCACUGUUUUUCACUGCAAGAUUUUGUCUACCAUGUCGCCCUACCCUCUCUCAUGGCUGUCUGCUGUCCUGAGGGCGAUGCUGAAGCAGAGUCUGGGGCUCGCCUCUCGUGCCACCUACUGCUGCGUUUGUUCAAACCUUCCUACCUCAUAGCUCCCCAGUGUGGGAUCUCACAGAAAAACCCCGCCCCUAUUCGCAACUCAUGUGAUCGGCAUUUACUGGAGGCAGCCCAUUUGUUCAUAGGAGUUGGUCCCAUGCUGGCAGUUCUAAAAGCUAUGCUGAAAUUGGCUGAUGAGUCCAACGAUGAAUCUACAAAUAAAGGCAGCUCAAGCAGUAAUAAAGAUAAAACCGGCAUGGUUCUGGAUUACAUGUUGCGUAACCUGGAAAAUGAUGGUCUGGGGGACGAAAUGGAGGCUAUGUUAAGAGCAAGUGGUCAAUCUGGAAAAGAUGGCCUGGGUAGUGGAAGUCUUAGUGAGUUUGCUAAAUGUGCCCUGACAGAAAUCUGCCGACAGGACUGGGUGCGAGAGAAAUUUCUAAGAAAUCCAGAAAAAUUAUUUACCAGUGAUCUCUUGAAUGAUCCUAUUUUGUCCUACAGACAGGCCCAACAGCUGCUGCAAAUGAUCUGUUACCCAACAGGUGUGCCCAACCAGGUAGAAGGGUGUGAGCCAGAGAAUAAACAUGUUGUACAGCGAGUUCUACAGACACUGGAUCAGUGGACCCUGAGGGUGUCUUGGCUUGAGCUGCAGUUACUUUUUGAAAGAGCACAGUCACAAUCAGAAACAAAUAGUUUAUUAGACUUAGUUUCCCGGGGCACUAUCGACCUAUUUCAUCAACUGACAGAAAGCCAGAAUACAGCAGAGAGUUCAUCAAUGGCCCUUCCUCAAGAACACAAAACGGGUACGGAAAAUACAAUUUGGCUGGUAGCGCCACUGAUUGCUAAGCUGCCUAUCACCAUACAGGGUCGUGUUCUAAAGUUAGCAGCACAGGUGCUUGAGAGUGGCAAUAUGUCCUCUAAGAAUAAACAAGAAAAGGAAAAAAAUAUGAAAAGCAAAUCCCUAUUGGGGCAUCAGCCAUUCUUGUCUCUGGUCUUAAGUUGUCUGAAAGGUCAGGACGAGCAGAGAGAAUUUCUCCUGCGAUCUCUCCUAAAUCAGAUGGAACAGUUUAUCAACAAUGUCAAGGAAGUUGUUGUUAAAAAUGACAAAACAGUGACAGAUGAAAGCAAGGUUAGACAGAAUCUUCAUGAAGCCUUACAGCUAAGACUUUCUUUGGUUGGUGGAAUGUUUGAUAUGAUACAGCGCAACAAUGCAGCUACUAGUGACUGGGCUCUCAUUUUAGUUCAACUCAUCAGCCAUGAUGUGAUUGACUGCCAGGUGAAUAGUGAACUAUUCCUGACUAUUGUUGACAUGCUGUCUGUGCUCAUCCAUGGAACGCUGUUGUCUGAAGGCCAGGAGAAGGGAGAUGAGAAUAAGAAAACUUACUUCAAUCUUAUAAAAAAACUGAGGAAAGAACUUGGGGAUAAAAACACCCCAGCUAUAGAUCAGAUCAGACAGUUAUUCCCCCUGCCCAAGAAGCAGGUUGAAGUGAUCACAGUUGAGCCAUAUGGAGCAGUCCUUGACAAUAAAGGGAACAGAGUGCAAACAUUUGAUGCUAUAGGCAAAAAGCCAGGUCUUCAAGUGGCUCAGAAAAUAGCUUUUAAUCCAUGGGAGAUAAUUGAAGGACACAAGAAUAUGCCACCUAUUCCGUGGUCAUAUUUUGGAGCUGUUCGACUGGAGAAGAAAACAUUAAAAUACGAAGAUCAAAGAAGGUUGGAUCUAUAUCACAGCCAUUCACUACGAAAGCCACUUAGUUAUUUCAUGGAGCCACCAAACUUACCACCAGAGGAUCUAGAACCUAUCCCAGAAAAAAUUGAUGAAAAGCCCAAGGAAACCAUAGAAAUUUCUAGUGACUCGAGUAAAAAGGCUACUGGACGUAUAAAGAAGAAACGUCCCAAACAAGCUGCAAGCAAUCCCAAUUAUAACAUUACUCCCAAUAAUCCAAUGAGACCAUUCUACCAACCUGAUACGAUGUACAACCAGCCUGGGCCCCAGCCAAUGUGGUCCUACAAUCAUAACCAACCCCAGCCACUGCCAUACAUGUAUCAGAACCCACCCCCUAGACAACGCGUGCCUGGUGGUUUAAACAACUCUAAACAGGUCCUCAAUAAAAUGCUCAUCCAUCGUUCCAUGGUUACACAAAGUGGCUACAUGCCAGCACCUGGUCCAAUAACCCAAGGGCCACAAGGCAUGCAGAUGAGCAAGACAACCCCUAACAAUCAGCUAUUGAGACAACACAUCUUACACAGGAACAGAAACAUGAUGGACACAUCCCAGACUGGGAUGUACCCUGGUCCUAUGUCUGGACAAAGCCAGGGGACAAUGGGCCACCCGAUGGGACAGCCUCAAGGUGAGAACAUGAUAGGCAACUAUUACAGCUCUAUGGGUCCACAACAAAGUCGUAUCAUGGACCCCAUGGCUGGCGGGGGUGGAAUGAUGCCGGGGAAUUUUAACCAAGGGUACCAGGCAGGGCCCCAGGGUGCCGCCAUGAUGAGUGGUGGCAUACCUCCACAGAGUGGCUUCAUGUCUAACCAGAGUGCAGGUCAGCCUGCCCCACAGUAUGGCUCCAACACACAGAGGAUGUCAACAGGGAUGGGUGGGAUGGCACCCUCCGCUACAAGUGGUAUGAACUCUUACAGCCAGGGACCCAUGGCAUCCAAUGUGGCCCCUGGCCAGCUCCCUCAGUCCUACAUGGGGGGUCACAUGGCUAACUCACAAAUGCAGUUCAGACAGCAGAUGAUGCCGAUGCAAGCACAACAGCAGCAGUCUCAGCCAGGCAUGGCACCUAUGCCAGCACCACAGCAAAGAAAUGUCAUGGCAAUGAGAAGGUUAUCUUCUAGCAUGCAAGGACCACCAGGUUCUGCCCCACAAUAUGGUUCAUAUCCAUACUAAGACUGCAGUGAAUCUCUUCCUGUUAACUGCUAACCUGUUACUAAAUAAUAUCACAACAUCUGUGCAAUGAUUCAAGGAGUACUGUACAAAUACUUUGUAAAUUCUUUAGACUUGGUGUAAAAUAUAGAAAGCUGUACAUUUAUAUUGUCAUUAGCAGAUAUUUUAAUUUGAAGAUGAACAUAUCUUAAGCACAGAAGUAAUAGUUCUCAUGUUUUUAUUGAGGGCAUAGAAUGUGAGAUUCAGUAUUGUUUAACUGUUAUUUUAUAUCUGAUUGCUGGAAUUUUUUUGUUCAUGAAUGUUUAUGUGAUUUUAGUUUUCUGACAGCAUACACAAUGUUCUUUUAGGCACAAACAAAAAUUUUAAGAUCAAUUUGCAUUUUUUAAUAAUAACAUAUGUAUAAGUUAUAUCGUUGGAAAUAACUUAUCAAGUAAAACUGAACUAAAAAUAUUAUAUGGUGUUUGUAUAUAAUUAUGUUAAUUUAUUAUACUAGUUAACAAGUUUUUAAAAAGAAAAAUGGCAUUAACCUUUGUAGUAAGUGUAUCCUGCUCUAGUAUCAUGAAAUAAUUUGUUUCACAAUACACCAGGCAUCUAUUUUACAAUGUUGUGACUAGCACUAGUCCUGGAGGGUGCCAUUGUUCAUGACAUUGUAGGCUGCAACCAAUGAGAAACUCAGGGACCAAAUUUAAAAUAGCUAGUGUAGCACAAGUUUGUUUGACAUCAUUAGGAAUAAGUUAUUUGCUAUGACAUAUAGAGAAGUGCAAUCUGUAAAUUUAGUUUUUUCUUACAGAUGUAAUCUCAAUACAUUAACUUAGAUUUUGGCUUAAAUUAUGAUUUUGUUAAAUUUAUAUAAUUUUAGUAUUUAACCCAAUAUUACUUUUUACACAAAGAGUUUAAGGGUAAAACUGUUUCCUAUUGUCAUAAUCAUUAGAGAAUGAUUUGACAUAUCCAAUAUCUUGUUCUGUAAAAUUACCCAAUGCAAUGAUUUGUCAAGUCUGUGUAUCUCCAAUUUAAUAAACAUGGCAGAA